UCGAAGAGAGCGCGGGAGGCGGUGGCCGCGGCGCUGUCAUGGAGUUAGCGCGGGAACUGGGGCGCUGGGCGGUUGAAGAGAUGGGGGUGCCCGCAGCCGCCCGACCCUCGGAAGCGACGCUGCGCAGGCUGUGUCUCGGCCAGGGGGCUGACAUCUGGGCCUAUGUCUUGCAGCAUGUGUACAGCCAGAGCACUGUCGAGAAGAUCCGGGGGAACCUACUCUGGUAUGGCCACCAGGACAGUCCAGAGGCACGUCGGAAGUUGGAGCUGGAAGCGACUAUUGCCCACCUGCGGGCAGAGAUCCAGGAGUUAGACCAGAGCCUGGAGCUGAUGGAGCAAGAGACCGAGACUCAGGAAAUGGCCACGGAACAGGCACUACAGAGACUGCAAGAAACCCAGCGCCGUACUCUGCUCCUUCAGGCCCAAGCUGGGGCCAUGCGAAGACAGCAGCGCAGGCUCCAGGAUCCCGCACAGCGACUGCAGGAUCAACUCAGUCGCCUGCAGGACAUAGAGAGGAAGGCCAAAGUGGAUGUGACCUUCGGACCCUUGAACUCAGCAGCCCUGGGCCUGGAGCCUGUGGUCCUGAGUGAUGUCAGAGCAGCCUGCACCCUCCGGACCCAAUUCCUGCAGAACCUCCUAAUUCCUCAGUCUCGGGGAGGCAGCAUCCUAACCCCUCGAGAUGACCACCUUGGAGCGUCCUACCAGCAGUGGCUUAGCUCAGUGGAGGUGCUGCUGACAAAUCACCCUCCAGGCCACAUCCUGGCUGCCUUGGAGCACCUGGCUGCAGAGCGGGAGGCAGAGGUCCGGUCCCUCUGCAGUCAGGAAGGGCUGCAGGAGACGGAGACGGCCAGGUCCCAGAUGCCAGGCCAGUCGGACACUGACCGGGCCUUGCCGUCCAUAGAACAUCUAAUCCAGGAGGGCUGGCGGACUGUAGGUGUCAUGGUCGCCCAGCGGGCCCCCCUCCUGAGGGAACAUCAAAUCUUGACCCAGCGCCUCCAAGACCUGAUGGAGAAGAUGGAGAGCUAUAACCUGGGACCCAAACAGAGGCAGGCGCUGGUGUUGGGGCUCCGGGCCUGUGGCCUGCGGGCAGAGCUCAAGGCCCUGCAUGCCCAGAGCCAGAAGCUGGAAGAGGCCACUGGGCAGCGACAGCUUCUGCUGCGGGAGCUCCAGGCCAAACAGCAGCAAAUUCUGCGCUGGCGCCAGCUCGUGGAAGAGACACAGGACCAGGUCCGCCUGCUCAUCAAGAGCAACUCGGCCAGCAAGACACGCCUGUGCCGGAGCCCCGGAGAGGUGCUGGCUCUGGUUCAGCAAAAAAUAGUCCCCACUUCUGAGGCAGUGGCACCGCAGAGCCAGGAGCUGCUUCGCUGUCUGGAGAAGGAAGCCCAACAUCUGCCCCACCUUAUGCUGGGCUCCCUGUUGCGGCACAGCCCCGAGGGGUCACAGCCCCUGCCCACCACCCUGCCAUCCAUCCACCAGCUGCAUCCGGCCUCCCCAAGGGGCUCCAGCCUCCUAGAGCUGAGCCACACACUGGGGCUGCCCUCAGGGAAGGCCCCAGAGCUGCUCCUCCCGAUGGCUGCCUCACUUCGCCAGGACCUCCUGUUCCUCCAGGAGCAGCAGAGUCUCCGGUGCUGGGAUCUGCUCCACAUGAAGACCAGCCUCCCACCCGGGCCAUCCGCCCAGGAGUUGCUGCAGAUCCGGGCAUCCCAGGAAAAGGAGCAGAAAGAGACUCUGGGGAAGGCUCUGCAGCGACUGGAGAACCUGCUGAAAGAUGCGCUGGAGCGAAUCCCCCAAUUGCAGGGAGUCGUCAGGGACUGGUGGGAGCAGCCAGGCCAAGUUGCCGUCUCUGGGGAGCUCUGCCAGGGCCUGUCCCUGUCCCAGUGGCAGCUGCGCUGGGUCCAGGCCCAAGGCAUCCUGCAGCAGCAGUGCAGAUGAAGAGGGAGCUGCAACGGGAGUCAGAAGCUUCACAGUUCUUCACCCCAACACCGCCUCUCCUUUCUGCCUUUGCAAGAAAGCAUCACGUGGCUGUGUCAGCCAUUGUCCUCUCACAUCUCUCACAGACCGGACCUUCAACUGCCUUUUCCUGUCUUUUCAUCCCACCAAAGCCAAGAAAAUGGUAUACUGUGCACCCCACCCCACAACUUCCUGAAACUCCCUUCGUCAUUCUCACCAUCACCAGGUGUAAUAGAGUUUCUGUGCUAGACACAGGAUCCUGAACUGAACAACAGGGACCAAUGACCCCAUCUUCAAGGAGUGAAAAAACUAGGCAGGAAAGUGGCCUGCUGACGAGCAAGCAAAUAUAUAGUCUGUUGGAAGAUCACUGCUAUGGAGAAAAAUAAAGCAGCUGCAGGAGAUAUGAUUUUAAAGAUUUUAAAUAGAGGACUCCCCGGCAAAGCAGUUUGUAAAGGUGGACUCUUGGCAUGGUCCAAGGCCCCGAGUUCACAGGUGCCAGCAUGAGGGAUGCCACUGGCCAAAGAUGGUACAUUUUUGAGCAGCAAUGAUUUGAAGUACAUCCUGUGUGUUUGAAAAUCUAAGUUUAUAUUGAUACUCACACAGACCAAAAACCCCACAACCCCUGUCUACUUGGAAAAAAAAAAAUCCCAAAUGAGACAUUCUACAAGAAUCGCCAAAGUCAUUAAAAUGAGGAAACUGAGAUUGCCAGAGCAAGAGACACCUAAGGAAACAAGACAAAUAAAUGUAGCAUGUCAUCCUAGAAGAAACAGAAUAAGAAUAGCUAAACACUAAGGAAAUCGAACAAAGUGUGGACUCUAGUCACACUUUGGGGGCGGGGAGACAUUUCUGUAGCAUUGAACAAACUAUUUUAACAAACGAUUCAUUUGUGCCCAUUCUGACUGGGACUUCAAUAAAGCAAUAAAAUUAAGUUUCCAAAGGGGAAAAGCCCGACCAUCCAACCAAAUACAGUGUGUGCAUCUUAGAUUCUUAUUUUACAAUACUACUGUAUAAAGACAUUUGAGACAGCAAAAAUUGAAGAGUCUAGGUGUUAUUAAGAAAUCUAGGUGAUAUUAAGAAAUCCGUUUUCUUAGGUGUCAAAAAAUGGUAUGUUGUUUGUUGUUUUUUCCUUUUAAAUAGUUCUUUAUGUGUUAGGCAUCAUGGAGCAUUUAUGAUUGAUGUCUGGAAUUUACUCCAGCAAAAAAAAUCAUUUUUUAAAAUAAGAUAGGUAGGUUGUUAGCGACUGUUGAGAAGAUGGCGAUUCAUUACUCUCUAUUGUAUUUUUUGAAAAUGUUUCUAAUAAAAGAUUUUGAGG